AUGAGGGACAUCAUGCUCCAGGGUAUGGGAAUCACAGUGCCACUUCUUCAGUCACAUCCGCCAGCCGAAGGAGAUCAAAGUUGUUACGAAAAACACUUGAAACAGAAGGUUGGGAACAAAGUGAUCCAGGAGGACGCGCAAGAAGUACGGGUUACCUUUGGUAAGAAAAAAGAAGAAAAAGUAAGCACUGAUGCACAAACUUCAACAGUUUCCAAACCAGAUACAUUUUGUACGUCUUGGAAUGCUGAUUAUGAGGAUCCAGCACCACAGUGGCUAAUUGAAGAGGCACUCAAAAAAGAAACGAAGCCUAAAGAUAUUAAAUUUGAUAUCUCAGAUGAUCUUCAAGAAAAUGUUUCUGUAAAAUUGAAAUACGAAAUGAUAAUUUACGAACUUGAGGAAGAACUAGGGAAAACCAAGGCUGAAGUUGAAGAAGCCUUGAAAGAAAAGUACGACGAAAAAGAAAAAUACGAAAGGAAUGUGGAACGAAUAAAAGAAGAAGCCAAUAAGAAAAAUGAAUUACUUCAAGGAAAGAUUAUUGAGAUAUGUGCUUCCAUUCUCGAAAAAUUUGGACCACAAGCCCUGAGCGAUAAAAAGAAAAGCACAAAGAGGUGUCCAAAUCGCAUGAAAUUUUAUGGAAAAUUUUCGAAAAAGUUGCACAAAAAACUAAGAAAUACAGUUUUAAAACUCAGCAGAGUAAAGCAAGAAUUUUCUAAAACUCGAAAAGAAUUCGAUGAAAAAAAUUUCGAAUAUGAAACUUUGAAAAAGUGUUUUUCGAGAUUGAAGAAAGAACUUGCAAUUACAGACAUGAAUUUGAACAAUCUGAUUAAUGAAAACAUGACUCUUCGUAAAAAAUUCGAGGAUACGAAAGAAUGGAUGGAAAAUAAAAUGACUAAAGAUCAACAAGAACGACAUAAUAAUGCACGUCUUAAUGAUUUGCAUAAAAACAGAGAAUUGACGAAUUUAAAGAAAAAAUCUGAGGAGGAUUUUAUUUCUUUGCUGAGUAGCGAAAAAGAAAAAUUGACUGCAGGGUUAGAGAAAUCAGAAACGGAUAUCAAUGAAGAAGUAAGAAAACAGAAGAAAACGAAAGCAGUUCAAUAUGAAACAUUGAGUCAACAUGAAAUGGAAAAUUUGAAAUUAGAAUAUGACGAAAUCCUUGAUGAAAUGAGGGCAAAAGUGGAUGUUUUAGACAACUGUAGAACUGAAUAUUGCGUUGCUAUAAAAGAAUUCCUCAAACAAAUUUAUGAGUAUUAUUCUGAUCAAGAAGCUGAAUCCAAUUUAAAUUGUAGCGAAGAAAGUAUACGAGAAGCUCAUGAAACUGCAUGCUCUAUUCUCCAAAUAACUCCUGAACAAUUGUCUCAAUUCUUGAAGGGAAGGCCCGAUUCGAUAAAUUCAUGGUUGUCUGAUUUAUGCAAAAUCACUUCCAAGAAACAAUUCUCUAGAUCCCUGGCAAAAUUCUUAUUUGGAAAAGUGCAAGUGAUCCAAAAGAACUAGCCACUAAAAUCUGUCGAUUAUGUUGGCGAAUGAAAAAGAUGGUAAAAAAUUUAAAUAAAGUGUAAUAACUACCUGUUUUCUAGACAGUAUUAUAAAUGUACUAUCAUUCUUAAAUAUUGUUCGAAACUCGAGUUUAUUUAUAGUUUGAGUAGUUCUACUAUCCACUAAAAUCACGAAUAUAAUUAUUACUA